AUGGGAUUCAUCAUCUCCCGCGGCCCCGAAAGCUACAUCACCGGCUUCGCCCACCAGCUUUUCGUCAACAGCAGGAUGACCCAGAUCACCAUGGCCAUGGCGAGUGGUACUCCCUCCGUACUAAAUCAGCCGGAAUGGAAGUCCGUUCCAUGGAGGAAAACCAAAAAGGGAGCCCUGGACAUCCUGGGAGACAUCCUCGCCGAAAUCCCCGGGCUCCUCGUUGAGCUCGACGGGCUCAGGACUUGCAACGAAAUCGCUACCUGGGAGCUGGCGAGGUGUAAAGUCGUCAUGAAAUGCCAACAGCUGGAGAAGGAAUGGGUGGAAUGGGGCGCGACCAGGGCGCCCACCAAGUCUCCCGUCAUCCUCGACACCGUCCAGCCUGCGCAGGUGAUGGAGCAUUUCGUCGCUGCCCAGGUCAUGGCCGGGUACUGGGCCAUGGGGAUAUUCCUCUACGCCAUCCUCUACCUUGCCUCGGGCGUGGACCUCCAACUGCCCAUCACGGGUCGGAUAGAUCCCCGAGAAUACUGCGGCGUGAUUUCCAGCAUCAUUCCUACCUUUUUGAGCCCUGAGGUGGGAGAGUACGGCAUCCACGGGCCCAUUUUCCCGUCUCUCGUCGCCUUGACUUAUCUCGAGGAGGUGGAUGGCCACCUCGCGUCCGUUGAGGCUUGCGAGCUUUAUGCGAUCCUGGGGCAGAGCAAGAGAGGUGGGCAUGUGCGGAAUUUUGUCGACAACAUGAUGAGGCAGCUUAAAUUCCGGGACCUCGAAAUCACCCAUUUCACCAAGCUACAAACCCUCUGGGCAGGCUACGGCCACGUCUGCGCCAUCACAGCCCGCGCAAUAAACGAGGAAGCGGGGCAACGGGCCCGGCUCGCCUGCGGCCAGUCCGGCGUCGAACCCGACGACGACAGCACGUUCCGCCUCAUCCUCAAGCUCGUCGCCCCACCGGCGGCGCACGCAUCCCACGAUGAGGGCCACCUGCGCAAGAUGCUGAGCUACGAGGUCGAGCAGUAUUUCUACGACCAGGUGGCCCCGCACCUAACGGAUGACGUUGCCGUGGCGCGGUGCUUGGCGUCCACUAGGGACGCGGAGGGCCGCGAGGGCGCGCGGGAGCUGGCCGGCAUGUCUGCCGUGAUCUUGACGGAUCUGAGGACCAAGUUUUCCGUUAUGGGGAAAGCCGAGGGGUUCUGUCGACAGGGCAGGUUCACGCCGCGUUGGCUAUGGCUAAACGGAGGAUACACCUACCUCGCCACCCGACGAACCGAGUACGACUCCCUCCGGAAAGACCCCUACUCCGACUGGCGCGAACCCUUCUGCGCCACCAACGAACCCUCGUCCCGCUCCAUCGCCGAAAAGGCCGCCGCGUUCCUCACCCCCAGCGGACGGCCGUACGAAUCCUACAUCCACGGCGACGUCAAGUCCGAGAACCUGUGCACCACCGACUCGGGCGACCAAGUUGCCUUUUUCGAUUUUCAAUACGUCGGCCUCGGGCUCGGCGUGUGCGACCUGGCCAAGCUCUUCACCUGCUCCGUGCCGAUGGAUUUGCUCGUGGGCUCCGGCCGGGGAUUCCCGAUGAACUUGCUAUGGGCGAUGGGGAGAAGCGGCUGCUGGAGGUGUACCGGGAGGAGUUGUUACGUAGUUCCCCGGAGGAAUGGCCGUGCUUACGACUGGAUAGAGUUUACGCGGCACUGGGAGACUGCCUUGGUGGAUUGGUGCAGGUUUCAGGCGUCGUGGGGUUUCUGGGGCAAUACGGAGUGGCUCGAGGCCCGAGUCAGAUCCAUAUUGAAGGAUGAGGAAUGGCUCAAAUGGCUCGACGAUGAGCUUCGACAGCAUUGA